UACAUAGCUUUUACCUGUCCAACAAAAGGAGUCCACGACACACAAAAAAGUUAAGAACCCCUCUCUUCCUGGCAACAUGGAUCAGUUGUAAACUGGGCAGUUAAGUACGAGCCAGUGUGUUCAGUUGUGGAAAAAAGGCUGAGCCUGUAGUCAAGACACCCUGGGUUUGAAGCUUGACUCUGUGCCUUACAAGGAGUGGGAGUAUCUGUUACUAUGGCAAUGACUGCGGGGACUACAACAACUUUUCCCAUGAGCAACCACACCCGGGAAAGAGUGACUGUAGCUAAACUCACAUUGGAGAAUUUCUACAGCAACCUAAUUUUACAGCAUGAAGAAAGAGAAACCAGGCAAAAGAAGUUAGAGGUAGCAAUGGAAGAAGAAGGAUUGGCAGAUGAAGAGAAAAAAUUACGUCGAUCACAGCAUGCUCGCAAAGAAACUGAAUUUCUCCGACUCAAGAGGACAAGGCUUGGUUUGGAUGACUUUGAAUCCCUGAAAGUUAUAGGGAGAGGAGCCUUUGGAGAGGUACGCCUUGUCCAGAAGAAAGACACAGGCCAUAUCUAUGCAAUGAAGAUAUUGAGAAAGGCUGAUAUGCUUGAAAAAGAACAGGUGGCCCAUAUCCGAGCAGAGAGAGAUAUAUUAGUAGAAGCAGAUGGUGCCUGGGUUGUGAAGAUGUUUUAUAGUUUUCAAGAUAAAAGGAAUCUUUAUCUAAUCAUGGAAUUUCUCCCUGGAGGAGACAUGAUGACAUUACUAAUGAAGAAAGAUACCUUGACAGAAGAAGAAACCCAGUUCUAUAUUUCAGAGACUGUUCUGGCUAUCGAUGCAAUUCACCAGUUGGGGUUCAUUCACCGAGAUAUCAAACCAGACAACCUCUUAUUGGAUGCCAAGGGUCAUGUAAAGUUAUCUGAUUUUGGCCUAUGCACAGGAUUAAAGAAAGCUCAUAGGACUGAAUUUUAUAGGAACCUCACACAUAACCCACCAAGUGAUUUCUCAUUUCAGAACAUGAACUCAAAAAGAAAAGCAGAAACGUGGAAGAAAAAUAGGCGACAGUUGGCAUAUUCCACAGUUGGAACUCCAGAUUACAUUGCUCCAGAAGUAUUCAUGCAAACUGGGUACAACAAAUUGUGUGACUGGUGGUCUUUGGGAGUGAUUAUGUAUGAAAUGCUAAUAGGAUAUCCACCAUUCUGUUCUGAAACACCACAAGAAACUUACAGGAAAGUUAUGAACUGGAAAGAAACUCUAGUAUUUCCUCCAGAAGUACCUAUAUCAGAGAAAGCCAAGAACCUAAUUCUCAGAUUCUGUAUUGAUUCAGAAAACAGAAUUGGAAACAGUGGAAUAGAAGAAAUCAAGGAUCAUCCCUUUUUUGAAGGAGUAGAUUGGGGGCACAUCAGGGAGAGGCCAGCUGCAAUUCCCAUAGAAAUUAAAAGCAUUGAUGAUACAUCAAAUUUUGAUGAAUUUCCUGAAUCUGAUAUCUUACAACCAGUGCCAAAUACCACAGAAGCGGACUACAAAUCCAAAGACUGGGUUUUUCUCAAUUAUACCUAUAAGCGGUUUGAAGGGCUGACUCAGCGUGGUUCUAUCCCUUCCUACAUGAAAGCUGGGAAAUUAUGAAUGAAACUCACAUACGCCCACACCCCAAAAGAACUCAGGUAGCUGCAUCACCAAGGCUUGCUUGGCGUAGAUAACAAUACACUGAAAUAAAUAUUCCCAAGGACGGUGGUGCUCAUCGACUUCAAGAGGAAAUUCUACAGGAUUAGGAUUUCUAAGACUUCUACAGGAAUUAGUUGGCAGUGCCAGCUGGAUUUUUUUUAAUAUUUGACUAUUUUUGUUAACUUUAUUAUACAAAGGUACUGGAAUAAAAGGAGUGUACAUCCCUUUGUAACUGCACUGCCUUCGCGCAUAUUACGUCCAUUCUGCCUCUGUGUACUGUGGCUUUGUACUGUAACACUUCUAAUCGAUUCAGGAGAAACACAUAUCAUUUAAAGCAACAUAGGCUAACCUGUAGGUCACGGUGCAGUAUUGCUGUUUUCUUGCAAACCUUAUGGGUUUAGAUAAUCAAGAUAAAAGCCAUCUUCCAUAGUUGUUAGAACACUUGCCCUAUUGGUUUAAACAUCCAUAGAGCAUAUAUAAAGACAACUUAAAUAAUGAUUUUAAUAGAAAUAGGAAAUACACUGGUUAUUUAAAGUUAAUUAGGUUUAUCAUCAGGUUAUUGUGCAGACUCCACCAUACAGGGCAACAAGCUUAUGAGCCGGAUAAGGAAGUACAACACCUCCACUCAAACACAACACUAAAACCAUUUACUUUUCAUCCAGAAUUACUGUGUACUGUUGUACACAUCUGUCUGUGUACUCUUAGGGAGAUGUAAUUAUAGAAUAUAGAGAGCAUCCAGUUGCUUUCCUUAAGGCAAACGGUUUUUUUUUUUUACAGAGAACAUGGCAUUAUUUUCAUUUAAUUAUAGCAAGUUGGUUUUAAGAAAUGACUAUAUGGGCUGCUUGUAUGUAGAAUUUGUGUAUUUUUAUUAAACUAUUUUUUUAAAUGUCAACCUUCUGAUCAUGAUAAUGAACUGGCAGAGAUGCCAAGAGCUCUUUACUUUGGUUUUCCAGAAAGAUGAAGUUAAUACAUAUCAGACCUGUUGUUUUUUCUUUCAUUGAAUGGAAGUUUCUCCUUGCAUUAUUGUGCCAUUAGUCAUUAUACUCCAAAUGUACCAAAGAUCCUGAAUUGAGUGGGUGUUCAUGACUAAGAGGAAUUUUUAUUUUCCUUUGGGAAUGACAUAUUAAGAUGUGAAAGGAUUUUGAUUGAGGUUAACUUAUUCAAGGGCAAUAUUAUUCACAUUUAGUUUUAUCACUGUGGUUUAAGUAGAUGGGUUCCAGGAAGUGAAUGUUGGCCAAGGUUUUGUGGAUUGGGUGGGGGGAGGGGAUGUAAGAAUUCAUACUCAAAUCUAAUGAUGUGGCCAGUGAAUCUGUCUUGCCUGAAAGUUAAAUAGUCUUUUGUAGCUCUAUAUUUUAGUUUUGAAAUGACUAUCUGAAGUUUUAGCAUUUCAUGGGGACCUAACAGUUAAAGAGUAAUCCUUUAUCUAAGAAUGCCCUAAUGAUUUGUGUCUUCAAACAAUGAAAGCAGUCAACAACUACAGUUAUUGUAACUGACCUUUUUCCAGAAUCUAGACUGAUGGUUUGCUCUUAGGAGGUUUCCUGUUCUUGAAUAGGAAAAAUUACAUAUGAGGAUUAUGCAAAAUUUUUAAAGCUUUUACAGUUGUUGCUGCUAGGUAACCUCACAUCUGUCUCAAGAACAUCUAGCUUUUACUUUUGCCACCUAAUGUUCAGUUCCAGUAUUUGAACCUGUGUUGUGUGUUUAUCCAUGACUUCAUCUUCUCUAUUUUCCAUGUAUGGGUCAUGCGACUGAGUAUCCUAAUGGCGAAAGCUAUUAAAAUUUUGAUUUGGGUUAUCUCA